ACCAGGGCCCUGUACAGCUGCAGAAGAACCUCUUUGCUUCUAGUACAGCUGCAGAAGAACCUCAACUGGGAAAACUACAUGUCCAAUAAUACUGUGGCUGAAAACUAUAUUAAAAACAGAAAGAACUGUGAAUGCUGUAAAUCAGCGACAAAAAUAGAAAUUGCUGGAAACGUCCAGAAAGCUUGGUAGCAUGCAUGGAAAGAAAUCGGAGUUAAUGUUUCAGGUUCUCAGGAAGGGUCACUUGACCUGAAACAUUAAUUCUAAUUUUUCUCUGCAGAUGCUGCCAGCCCUGCUGAGUUUUUCCAGCAAUUUAUAUUUUGGCAUACUGUGACUGAAGAUAUCCUGGAGUGUGCACUAAAUGUUUUAGAUCAGCGUACUGAGAAACUAACUAGAGAAUCGGCGAUCUGAGAUUUGGUAUUGUGCAAUGAGAAGGAGUUAAUUGAUAAUCUUAAUCUGCAGGUCUCUGAGGGAAGAGUGACCAUAAUAUGAUAAAAUACUUCGUUGGAUGAACAAGGGUCUUAAUUCUAAACAAAGGACAUUAUGAAGGGAUCAAAAUACAAAAAAGGAUUCCGAGAAUCAAUUGAUGAUGUUCUGGAUGACCUCCUUGGAAAAGAUGAUGCAUCUCCCAGUAAAACUGCUUCACCAGUUACAAAGUCAGGGGGCAACCUCAAAACAUCAUCCAGAACCAGCAGAAAGUAUGCAAGCAAGCAGACUGACUCUGACUGUAGGACUAAUAAGCAUACUCUGUGGAUAUUUAUCGUGUCUAGCCAGGGAUUUAAAUUACAGGAAUUUAAAGUUUUUCAGCUUUUAACAUGA